AUGACUGGUGAUACUUCUAAAGAAAAAAAAUUUACAGGCAGAAUUAUAAACUGUGUUACUAGAUUACCCUACAAAAUCACAAAAGUCUUCGAUCACUCAACUAAAAAUGCUGUUAAUUGGAAAAUUGAACAUGUAACCGGCAACUCGGCUUUGCAUUCUUCCUUGAGCUAUAUUCAAGAAAACACUGAUUAUGAAGAGAUAAUUGUUGGUUGGACAGGUGAAAUUUCCACCGAAGAACAAAAUCCAUUUGUCAUAAAUACCAAUACCUCCAACACUACCGUCAACAACAAGGAAAACGAAAGCCCUGAGCACGGCGCCAAUCUUUCUAAUCAGAAAGCCGUCAAGGAUGAUGCCGCUACUUCAUCCAAUGAUACCAAUAGAACCGUUAACGAGGAAGAACAAGAUCUAAACGAAGCUCUAAAAUUAAGCGCUACAGGAGACAUUAAUCUUUUGGCAAAUAAAGAUGACCCAUUAUAUUUGACCCAAGAAGAUAAGGAUUAUUUGACUGCUGAAAUCAACUGUAAAUAUUCAAGUAGUGGUGACAAUGAUAAGAAAAAGUCUAAGAAUACGAUCCAUCCUGUUUGGUUAUUACGUAGGGACCAAGAGCGCUGGCGUCAAUAUGCUGAUAAUAUUUUGUGGAGUGACUUUCACUAUAUAUUAUCGCCCAUUCAGGACUCGUCCUCAGAAAAGCCUUGGUGGUUUGACUAUGUGAAAUUUAACGAAGCUUAUGCCAUGAAGAUCUGCCAGCUUUAUAGACCGGGCGAUAUUAUCUUGAUUCAUGAUUAUUAUUUGAUGUUAUUGCCUCAAAUUUUAAGAAUGAGGUUGGGGACAGGUGACGUGAAACAGAAGCAUGUUAGUAUUGGCUAUUUCCAUCAUGUUACUUUCCCAAGUUAUGAGUACUUCCGUUGCUUACCUUAUAGAAAACAAUUAUUAGAUGGUGUUUUAGGUGCAGAUGUCUUAUUUUUCCAGAAUAGCGGGUUUGCCAGACAUUUUGGCAGUUGUUGUAAGAGGUUGUUGGAUGCUACAAUCACUAAAAAAGCCGAUAAUAAGGAUGACUAUAACAUUAGCGCCUAUGGUGCAGAUAUUUUGGUCAAGACUAUGCCAAUUGGUAUUGAUAAAAGUACCCUUAUUAAAGACUCCUUUAACGAAAAUAUAGAUAGCAAAGUUGAAACCAUUAGAUCUGCCUAUGCUGAUAAGAAAAUUAUUUUUGGGAGGGAUAGAUUGGACAAUGUCAGAGGUGUUGUUCAAAAGCUACAAGCUUUUGAUACUUUUUUGGAAAUGUAUCCCGAAUGGAGGGACAAAGUGGUUUUAAUACAGGUUAGCAGUCCUAGCCCAAUGAAUGACAUUAAAGUGGAAAAGCAAGCCAAUGAACUCUGUUCUUUAAUUAAUGCCAAGUAUGGUAAUCUAAAUUUCAGUCCAGUGCAACACUAUCAUAUGAGAAUUCCCAAGAGCGUUUAUAUAUCACUUUUGAGAGCAGCAGAUUUGUGCGUUGUGGCUAGCAUUAGAGAUAGCAUUAAUACUACUGCGUUGGAGUUUGUUACUUUACAAGGACACGAGGCAGAAAAAUACGGUCAUUCUUCAUCGUUAAUUUUAAGUGAAUUUUCGGGAACUUCCUCCAUCUUGAAGGAUUCGAUUAUUAUCAAUCCGUGGGACAGCGUGGCUGUUGCAAAGUCUAUAAAUGAGGCCUUAAGCACACCAAACGAAAACAGCACUGCAAUUAAUUUAAUGCAUGAAGUCCCUGAAGUUGGUGCUUGGACAGAAGGAUUAAUUUCUACAUUGGCGCAAUUCCAGAAUUUGAAGACUUCGAUUACGCCCGCUCUUAAUAGACCAUUGUUAUUACAAAAUUAUCGCCAAGCCAAGAGAAGGAUGUUUUUAUUUGAUUAUGACGGUACGUUGACACCAAUUGUUCAGGAUCCAGCUGCAGCAAUUCCCACCGUUAAGUUGUAUAAUUUAUUAACCAAGUUGGCUGACGACCCAUUGAAUGAGAUUUGGAUCAUCAGUGGGAGAGACCAAGCUUUUUUGAAUAAAUGGUUUGGUUCUAAAGUACCGCAAUUGGGGCUAUCUGCAGAGCACGGUUGUUUUAUGAAAGGUGCUAAUAGUACCGAAUGGUGUAAUUUGGCUGCUAAAUAUGAUAUGUCGUGGCAGAUUAGGUGCAAUGAAAUCAUGGAAAAUUUUACUUCGAAAACACCUGGUUCCUUUGUGGAGAGGAAGAAGGUUGCCUUAACCUGGCAUUACAGAAGAUGUGUUCCCGAGUUGGGUGAGUUCAAUGCGAGAGAUUUGAAAAAUACUUUGGAAAAAGAGUUUUCCAAGACUGGUUUAGAAGUUAUGGAGGGUAAAAUGAACGUUGAGGUUAGACCUAAAUUUGUCAACAAGGGUGAGAUUGUUAAGAGAUUGGUGUUGACACCUAUUAGCAAGAAGGAGGAUGUUUUGGAACCAUCUUUGGAAGUCAGCAUUGAGGAUUCGGUUAAGUUUAAACGGGAUGAGUUACCAGAUUUUGUUCUCUGUUUGGGUGAUGACUUUACCGAUGAGGAUAUGUUUAGGCAGCUAAACACCAUUGAGUCUGAAUGGAGCAAGAUCUCUACCUUUAAGAAAAACAGGUGGGGCAACUAUGGGUUUUAUCCUGUGACUGUUGGGAGUGCCGCUAAGAAAACUAUUGCCAAGGCACAUUUAACUGACCCUAAACAAGUCCUGGAUACACUGGGCUUAUUGGUUGGGGCUGUUUCAUUGUUUGAAAGUGCUGGUUCUGUUGACUUGGAUGACAGAGGUCACGCCAAAGACAGUGAUAGUAGUAAACAGUCUAAGUUAAACUCUGAGAGUUAUUAUCAAAAAAUACUGGAUAGCAGAUAA